AUGCGCUACCUUCUUCUGCUCGCAUUCUGCAUCUGGAUUGCUUAUGCAAAAGAAAAGUGUUCCUGGGAAGGGAGAAAAUUCAUCGCAGCUUUAGUGAAGGAAGCACCCAAGCCCACCGUUGAAGCAGCGGAGAAAGUUUUUCAAAAAAAGCUUAAUGGAGAGGACCCAAUAAUUUCAGUAACAUUUAAAGAGGAGGACGGCAAGGAGUACACCUACGUGAUGGUUGGACAGGGAGAGUCCGAGAAGGUGGAUGUUUGGGUAUUCGAAAACAGUGGAUCAACACUAGUGAACGGUAAAGCCAGUGACGGCAAAACUCUUCUCUACAAGAUAGCUCAUUGCAGUAGUUUUGGUGGAAGACCAAGAAUGUACAAAUCCUUCCAAUUAGCAUUGGAAGAGUAG